AUGGGUGCGCAGCUGUCGUUGUUAGCGCAGACGUCACCGUCGAUUGCGCUAUCUUCAUAUAUUGACAUUCUGGAUGACGUGCACUAUGUUACACACCUGAACUCAAGCCGCUUCCUGAAGACCUGCAAGGCGCUGGACCCGAAUGGCGAGAUAAUCAUCAAGGUGUUCAUAAAGCCGACGGAGAACUACUCGCUGCAGGAACAGUACGAGCAGAUUCGAAACGAGAGCUUGCGACUGGCGCAGUUACCGAACGUCCUGAACUACAGCAAGAUCAUCGAGACAGACAGGGCUGGGUACCUGAUAAGGCAGCACCUGAAGAUGAACCUGUACGACAGACUGAGCUCGCGGCCGUUUCUGCAGGAGAUUGAGCUGAAGUUUCUUGCAUUUCAGCUUUUACAGGCUCUGGAGGACUUGCAUUCCAAAGGGCUGACGCACGGGGACCUGAAGACAGAGAACAUUCUUGUGACGAGCUGGGGGUGGCUCAUAGUGACGGACGUUUCUUCGUUUUUCAAGCCGGUCUACCUGCCUGACGACAACCCCGGCGAGUUCUCGUUUUACUUUGACACUUCAGGGAGACGGAGUUGUUAUGUAGCGCCGGAGCGCUUCAAUUCUGCUCUUUACAAGCACUCCAACAACGACACGAGGCCAACGAAGGAAAUGGAUGUGUUCAGUGCUGGGUGUUGCAUUGCGGAGAUGUUUUCCGAGGGACAUUCCACAUUCAAUCUGUCGGAAUUGUUUAAAUACAAAACUGGCGAGCACGCUGCAGAGGAUAUCAUCAGCACGAGCAUUAAGAAUACACACCUUCGUUCACUAAUAUCCGAUAUGAUUCAACUGAGGCCCGAAAAGCGGCUCACUGUACCUGAAAUUUUGUUAAAGUACCGCGACAGCUUUUUCCCCAGUUAUUUUUACACUUUCACCUAUGAAUACUUCAGGGAUCUAGCCGUUCUAAAUGGCCAUAGUUCUGCUCUCAACAGUACUUGUUCCAGUGAUACGCUUGCCGACAGGGUGGAUAAUAUUGAUGGGAUGGUUACUAAAGUUUACCAAGACUAUUCAAAGAUAUGUUCAUCUUUACACUAUCCAGUUGUGCAUUCUAGAAAUCGCGACCAGGAAAGUCGAAAACUCAUCACGGGAAGGGUCAAAUUGCCUGUUUUAGGCGAGGUGGAGCUACAGCAGUAUAAACCCGAUUCCCCCCAACUUCAAGAAGAGUCGGCGCUACUAUUCCUCACUUUUCUAUUGCAUGCUGUGAGGAACCUCGUUUCGUCUGGUAAUAAACUUAAGUGCUUGGAGUUGAUUACGGCUCUCUCACAAUACGUUUCAGAUGGUAAUAAACUGGAUCGAGUUCUUCCUUUUGUCUGUGCCAUGUUUUUCGAUACGACUCCCACGGUUCAGGGUUUAGCAAUACAAAGCCUGACGCAGAUUCUUUCUAUUGUAUCAACACUGACAUCCAUAAACGAUAACGUUUUUGUUGAUUAUAUUUUGCCAAGGUUGAAGCAGGUUUUACAAAGUAGCAAAAAUAAUCCGUAUGUUCGAAUGAUACUGGCAGAUUCCAUUGGGAAUAUUGCUGACUCUGCCGUCAGGUUUCAAGAGAUUUCGCAGAUCCUACGACCGCCUUCGAAUACUGAGGUUAGCAACAGCAGAAAAAUUAGACGCCGUCUCGUUAGAAAUUUCGAAGAGAUAACUGUGGCUUUACUUACUGAUGUUGAAAGCUCUGUCAAACUUGCUUUACUGGAGAACAUUUUACCUGUCUGCAACUUGUUUGGUAGAGAAAAGACCAAUGACAUCAUACUCAGCCAUUUGAUAACUUACUUGAAUGAUAAAAACUCACUUGUGCGGAUCAAACUGGUUCAAGCCAUUACAGGAAUUGUGAUUUUACUCGGGCCCAUAACUUUGGAACAAUAUGUUUUACCGCUUCUAAUUCAGACGAUAACAGACUCAGAAGAACUUGUGGUAGUCAAUAUUUUACAAAGCUUGAAAUGGUUAUGUGAAGUAGGUAUGAUGAGGAGGAGAUAUUUCUACGAAAUCGCCGAGAUUGUUACGGUACUUUUACUCCAUCCUAAUGCCUGGAUCAGACAGUUUUCAUUGCUGUUGAUAUUGGAAAUGUCAUCUAAGCUUUCGAAAGCUGAGGUUUACUGCAUUCUGUACCCAAUAAUUCGUCCGUACUUCGAAUUUGAUGUAACAUUUUCCUGGGAAUCUAUGUUUGCGAGCUGUAAGAAACCGGUCUCUAGAAAUGUCUACAACUUACUAUGCACAUGGUCUCUACGUGCCACCAAGACGCUCUUCUGGAAACAGGUUCCCAGCAAGAGUGUUGACUCAUUUGGUAAUAACAGUAUAGAGUUUAUUACAAAAGACUACACUGCAAAGAAUUAUGGUUUUAAUAGUGGUAUGAAAGUAUCGAGUGCCUCAGUUUCUCUACCGUCCAACAAGGAGAUCCCGCUGACUACGGAAGAUAAAAACUGGCUUGACAAACUUCGUGCAGUUGGGCUUCAUGAGAGCGAGACGUGGAAAUUGGCUGCGUUGCGAACUUAUGUUUUUAGGGUUUCCAAGAUGCUUGCCAGGAAACCUGAGCUACAGGACGAGUUAGAUACGCGAAAGGCUCAUUCUACAUUCUCUAAUUCAUUCAUAAUGCCGAGGAAUAUAUUCUUCGAUGUGGAUAUUGUAGAUGAGAAUCGUGUCGAAAAUUCGCAUCUGAACACUGAAAAUAAAUGUUCUUCUGAUUCACUUUCUACAACUUUGGGUACGAACAGUCACCGGUACUUACCACUAUCAAUUGGUGUUAAUGGUUCUUUAAUCCUAAGCAAAAAAGCAUCACCAACUAUACGCUCAAACCUGGAUAAUGUAUACGUGCAACUGGAACCUACCAGUGAGUAUCCGAUCUCCUUUGCUCAUGCUCCUAGAAAAACUGCCCAGGAGUCGAAGUUUGUUAUCAGUAAUAGCUAUGAUGGUGACGUCUCAACAAUUAAACAAUACCUGCGUAACGUCAACAUUAAACCGUACUUAAAAAGCUACAGAGAAUUUGGCCCGUAUUUCAAUCAAUCUAGCGGUACCAAACGACAAUCCAGCGGUACAGCAUUCAAGGGCAAACUGCAUUUUCAUUUAACAGAGAACAGACCAGCGUCAAUCGUGAAAAUAGUUACCAGCGAAUACAAGCCUUAUUGUAUCAGUGCUUCCGACCAGGGUGUGCUAAAGUUAUGGGACUUAACAAAAUUAAGAGAUGGCGAGGUUUAUGAUCCGCCUAUUCAUUACGACCUUGGCUCUUCGAUUGUUGAUCUCAGAUUUCUACCAAACUAUGACGUAUUCGCGGCAGCAACCAGGGAUGGCAGCGUUUCAUUCUUACGUGUAUGCUUUAAAGAGCGUAACUCCAUGGAAGCAUACUCCCAUUUUGAAGUCAUCAGGAAGUAUACUUUGAAAGAUGAGAACGAAUAUGCUACAAAUAUUCAGCUAUCGGCGAGCGAUUCUAAGCCAUAUGCCCUUUUCACAACUAAUUAUUCACGGAUAAUCCUCCUCGAUAUCCGAACGACUGAAUUGAUUGCGACAAUGCAGAAUAACCAACGCCAUGGGGCUAUUCUAUCUUGCACGGCUGCGAGUGAUCUUUCAUGGUUUAUCCUCGGGACAUCGAAAGGGAUUCUCGACCUCUGGGAUUCGCGAUUCCGCGUACUGGUCAAAAGCUGGACUUUUGCAGAAAAUUUCCCGAUCACCCAUAUAGAACCUUAUCCAUCACUCACACGACGCGCAGAGAACAAUAUAGUACUGGUUGGUGGCUCCCGCCGCUCUUUAGUCUCCGUGUGGGAUAUAUCAAAGGCCGUGUGCCGUGAAGUUGUGCUUACUGCAGAUUCCAAAUGCUUAUCCACCGACUUCAUUGCGGUAGAGAAGGGUAUUGAAGACUUAGCAGUGCAUAUUGACCCCUUUAGUACGACUGUCAGUGCCAUACAUGUCAGCGGCCAUCGUGUUUAUAUCGCCGAUAGAGAAACCGGUAGUAUCCUUAUGGUGAACUUUCGCAACAAGGCACAAAAUUGUAUUGUAGUAGGACACUCAGAGCAGAAUAUUUCGUUCUCCAGUUCUCAGUUGUCAUCGACACUAGGGCUCACAAUCAGAUCCGUCAGCGACUCGGCAGCGAUGCACAGCUUGGGGGUAUAUUUCCACACAGAUAUUAUAAACAGCUUCACUAUUGCGAAAGAUACACCGGAACCACUUUUAAUAUCAGGCGAUAACUCAGGCGUCAUCAAUAUCUACAGAUAA